AUGGAGUCACGUAGGGACACAGAGUUACGUAGAGACCUAACAUUUAUCACGGGUAUCAUGAACGGGGAUAUAGAAAUUGACUCUCAAUUUUUGGGAACGUUUCAAAAUACUCCUACAUCAGUUUCUGAUUCUCCACCUCCACCACCACCACAAGUUGAAAAUACCUCUUCUACAAAAGGAAAACGGGGCUCUAACUUUACUGUAGAGGAAGAUAAACUUUUAGUGGCAGCAUGGCUCAAUACUAGUGUUGAUGCCAUAAGCAGUAAUGAACAAACACAAAAUACCUUUCGUCAAAAAGUUUGGGAAUAUUUUAUGCAGUACAAUACAUCCGGUACCACACGCACUGUUAUCUCCUUACUAAGUCGUUGGGGUACGAUUAGUGAAAAGACAAAUAAGUUUGCUAGGUGUAUGGCUCAAAUUAACGCACUUCAUCAAAGUGGUAUAACCGAAGAAGAUAAGAUUAUCAAUGCGAAAGCUUUGUAUUUAGAGAAGUACAAGAAACCCUUUCUUCUUGAUCAUUGUUGGCUCAUGUUAAAGGACCAACCAAAGUUUGCCGAUCCUAACAAUGCUAGAUCGAGAUCAUCUGUGCCUCCAACUUCAGAGGCAAUAUCUAUUAGUGAAGGGGAUUGUGGGUCCGGACUUGGUGACACUUCUAAUUUGGAGAGACCAAUUGGUAGGAAGGCCGAAAAGGCCAUCCGAAAGAACAAAGCCGCCGGAAAAGAUGUAGGGGAAUAUUUGAACAAAAAAUUGAAAUUGAUUGAGGAUGUAACUCGGUUGGAAGAGGAAAAGAUGUCUUUUGAGGGGGAAAAACUUGCAAUUGAAAGGGAAAGUAGGGAAGAAAAACUUAAGAUUGAGAAGGAAAGAAUGAUGAUUGAGAAGAAAAAAUGUGAGCGAGAAGAAAGGUUAGAGGAAGAGAGAAUCAUGAUGAUAGAUACAAGUGGCUUAACCGGAACACAAAAAGCUUUUUAUGAACAACUCCAAGAGGAAAUCAUGGUUGCAUCCAUGAAUCACUUUGUGAUUCGCAAGUUCCUUCUUGAUGACUCAGAUGAAGAUGAGAUAAUCGAAGAACUUGUUAUGGAAGCAUCACAACCUAAGUGUCGUCGUCGUUCUAUUCAACGUAAUCAUUUGGUAGGGCAUGAGAGGCUUUUUCUUGAUUAUUUUGCUCCCACACCAAUAUAUCCACCCGCUUUAUUUCGUAGGAGAUUUCGGAUGAAUCGUUCUCUUUUUCUUCGUAUUCAAUCUCAAGUUGAAGCUCAUGACUCUUAUUUUGUCCAAAAAAGAAAUAGUGCCAACAAACUUGGUUUAUCUUCAUUACAAAAGAUAACUGCUGCACUUAGAAUGUUUGCGUAUGGAGUAUCGGGUGAUUUGGUAGAUGAAUAUGUGCGGAUUGGAGAAACUACUGCAUUAGAAAGUUUGAAAAAAUUUGUUAUUGCGGUAAUUGAUGUUUUCUCUGAAGAAUACUUGAGAAAGCCAAACAAUGAAGACAUUGCUAGACUGUUAGCUCACGGUGAACGUCGAGGUUUUCUAGGUAUGUUAGGUUCAAUUGAUUGCAUGCAUUGGAAGUGGAAAAAUUGUCCAUCUGCAUGGAAAGGUCAAUAUUGUGGUCAUAUUCGUGAGCCUCCUAUUAUUUUGGAGGCAGUAGCAUCAUAUGAUCUUUGGAUAUGGCAUGCAUUUUUUGAAUUACCUGGGUCAAAUAAUGAUAUUAAUGUGUUAGAGCGAUCUCAUGUAUUUAAUGAAUUUGCUGAAGGACGUGCUCCUACAAUACAUUACUCAAUUAAUGGUCAUGACUACACUAUGAGAUAUUACCUUGCUGAUGGUAUAUAUCCAAAGUGGGCAACAUUUGUGAAAACAAUCCCAGCUCCACAAGGACAUAGGUAUAAAUUAUUUGCAGCAGCCCAAGAGGCGUAUAGGAAGGAAGUUGAGUGUGCAUUUGGAGUGCUUCAAGCACGUUUCGCAAUUGUCCGUGGACCUGCACGAUUUUUUCAUCUUGAAACACUCAAAAAGAUCAUGAAAGCGUGCAUAAUUCUCCAUAAUAUGAUUGUUGAAGAUGAGCGAGAAGAUGAGCGAAAUGAUAAUGAAGUGGUAGAUUUGGAUUAUGAACAAAAUGAUGGAGUGGAUAAUCCUCCUUUGCAAAUGUUAUGUGAACAAAGUGAUGAAUUUUUGUCAUACAUUGAGAGGCAUGGACGCAUUAGAGAUCGAGAAAUUCAUUUUCAACUCCAGUCGGACCUUAUUGAACAUUUAUGGCAAUUGCAAGGCGAGUCGUAG